AUGAUCAUUGCAAUAUUCUUAUUGACCACAGUUUUUGCAUUUUCUAAAUACAAGUAAAAUGUGUUUGUGAGUAAACCAGAUUCACUCAAAAAAUUAGCAUACUAAUUGUCAAUAGCUUCUGAUUUAUAAAUUGACGUGGAUUAAGAUUAAGUAUUUUAUUUUAUAUAAUAAGGUUUGUACUUGGUUAAAAGAAUACGCUUUAUCAACAGCAUAAGAUGCUUAUUAUGCAAAGCUUGCAUCAUAGUUUUUAGAAGAGUGUUAAGUAGAUUAUAAUAUCGAGUUACCAAUGAUUGAUUAAGAUGAUUUUGAAUCAAUUUACUAUAAUUCACUUUUAAAUGGAUAAUGUCCAAAAUUGGAUUAUUACAUUACAGCAGGAGGUGCAGCAAAACCUAAUCUUAAAAAAUAAGAUGAUUCAUACAAAACAGCAGCUCAAGUAUAUUAUCUUGCUACUAUUUGCAAUGACAAUAUGGUUCAUGAUGCAAUAUAAGAAGCUAUUUUUAAUUUCUAAGAAAUAUAUGAUGGAGUCACAGCUAUUUUGGAUAGAGAUAAUUCAGCUGCAGUUACUGCAUAAAUAUUAUACUCAUUUUUUACUUUGAAUAUUACCAAUCUCCAUCCAAAAGUUUAAGAUUUUCUUAAAAAUCAGAUAUAUUAAUAAACAAUCAUUAAUUUUCUACUUUAAAGAACCACUGUCUAGGGUUCUAUUGAUGAAUAGUAUUGGAUUACUAAAUUAUUUUAAUUAAAUCAAAUAAAUACUAUUAUUUACCCCAUUUUCUAAGAUUAUUAUGUAUACAAAGAUAAAACAUAAAUAAAUGUGAAAUUUGUUAACAUUAAAGGUGAAAAGGUUUAACCUACAGAUGUUUAAGCUUUCAUAACUGAUGAUUAAAACCAAUAUUCUUAUACACCUAUAAAAUCUAAAGAAUUUAGUGGAUAUUUUGAAGUUAGUUCUUCUGGAUCACUUCCCUUUGAAAUACAUUUCCCUAAUUAUAUUGUAACAAAUCUUAUUUAAUAUUUAAGUUCAAAUAAACAGUUAAAGUAUUAUUAACAAUUGAAAUUGAAGAAAUUAUGUUUGAUAUUGUUGAUUCCAAAACAUCUAAACCAAAUUUCCAUCAUAGUGUUGAAAAUGGAGAAGUUUAUCCUGUUACUCUUAAUGCUAAUGAAAAAAGCUUCCUUCAUGUUAUCAUUAAAGUAAAUCUCUACUUUUAAAUAGACUAAAUAAUAAGUCAAAUAAUAAGUAGCUUUAAGAUUAGUUCAUCCUUAAUAUUUAUCCGCUACCACAUAAGUUUUUGUUGAAUAUGAUAAAAAAAGAAAAAUCUAUUAUGGUAUUAUUGAUUUUGGAGAUCCUGAUCAUAUUACACCUCUUAAUGCUAUUUAUUAAGUUGAAUUACUCUUAGCCGAUCCAAGUAUUGUUCCUUAAAGAUGGAGUUUCCUUAAUAUUGAUACUAAAUUUUAAGCUUAAACAACUUUCCAAAAUGAUAGCUAUUAUAAGUUACCUUAAGAAAUUGUUCAUCAAUUCAAUCAAGAAUAACCUGAAGUUCCAUUCCUUGUAAAUAUCAUAUUAUAUUCUAGUUUGUUUCGUUCUUUGUUUUUGUUAUUGUUUUAGCAUUUUUAUUUUUCCUUAGAAUUAUUUCUAAUUUGAAAUUAAACUUUGAUAAAUUACCUAAAGAUAAUCCAGAGAUUGUUUAUGUGUUUUUAACUUUAAUCAUAGGAUUAUUUGUUGUUCUAACACUUUUCUGGAUCAAAUUAAAUUUGAUAGAAACUGUAACCAUUUUAGGAAUCUUAAGUGUUCCAUUGGUAAUUGUUGGAAAUUACGCACUUUUAACAUUAAGAAAAUCAGAAAAAAUAGAUUGAUCAAUAAU